CCGGCGCUUCGGGAGAUCUCCCGGUUCUCCCGAUGUACAGUCCGGGCCUGAAUGGUUGUGUCGCUCAAAUCGAAAGUAAAAGUCCCCCGGGGGAGAACACUUUAACUUAGCUUCUGAACUGCCGACCACAUCCAGCCAUCUGAAAACUUUAACGUCUAUUCUGCGCACUAAUUUGAUAAUGAAGAGGAACAUAAUCGGGAUUUUGGUGAUGAGUUUGUCGCUUGGCGCCUCGCUCGCAGGACAAGACUAUGAGAUUAACUCUACCGAGGAAGUGAGGGCUGUAGUUGGCGAAAACAUUACUCUGCCGUGUCAAACCGAGCCCCCGAAAGAUUUGCAAUCUCUGACAGUGGAGUGGAAAAACAACGAGAGCUACGUCCACCUUUACAGAAACGGACAGGAUGAUCAUGAUGAACAGCACCAUCAAUACAGACACAGAACAAUCCUCUCCCAUGAGGACCUGGUCAAAGGAAAUCUGUCACUGAAACUACUCCAUGUACAGCUGAGCGAUCAAGGAAAGUACACUUGUGCUGUUGCAAAGCUGUCAGAGAAGGAAAAGAUCACCAGAGGUCAUGUCUCCCUCAUUGCUCAGUCUCAGCUGAUUGGUCCUCCUCAGCAAAUAGUGGCGAUAGUUGGUGAUGACAUCAUCCUACCGAGCCACCUGGAACCUGCUGUGGAUGCUUUUGACAUGAUAGUGGAGUGGACGAGACCUGACCUGGACCACAGAUUUGUCCUUCAGUGGUAUCACGGUUGGGAGCUUGAGCAUAAAAAACAUCCAUCCUACGAUGGCAGAACGUCUCUGUCCCUGGGCAAACUGACGAAUGGAGACGUUUCACUGAAACUCUCUGAAGUGAAACUCUCUGAUGAAGGAAAAUACAGAUGCUUCAUCCCUUCACUGGACAGAGAAUCUAUAGUUGAGCUUGUUGUUGUACAAGACUAUGUGAUUAAAUCUACUGAGGAAGUGAGGGCUGUAGUUGGUAAAAAUGUCACUCUGCCGUGUCACACUGAGCCCCCGAAAAAUUUGACAAGUCUGACAGUGGUGUGGAAAAAAGGCGAGAGCUUUGUCCACCUUUACAGACAUGGACAGGAUGACCAUGAUCAACAGCACCAGCAAUACACAAACAGAAUCAUCCUCUCCAGCGAGGACCUGGCCAAAGGAAAUCUGUCACUGAAACUACUCCGAGUACAGCAGGACGAUCAAGGAAAGUACACCUGUGCUGUUAUGAAGCUGUCAAAUAAGGCAAUGGUCACCAGCGGUUUUGUCUUCCUCAUUGUGUCAGACGGAGGAGAAGCCAAAAACAACUGGUCAACAAUCAAAGGAGAGAAAACUAAGCUUGGCUCUGGGAUUGCCGUUGCCUGCGUUAUUCUCAUCCCUGGUAUUGGUGUUGCUGUCUAUCUGUGGAAAAAACGUGAAGCCCGAAGAGCAGCGCAAGAGCCAGGAAGAGGAGGAGGAGAUGGCAGCACUGAGGCCGCAUUCAAAGCAGCGCCACCUUGUGGCUGA